CUGCUUCGUUGAGAUUCUACAGCCUCGCGCAGUCGUGGCCUCAGUCCGAGCGAUCGCUCACAACCUCGAGAUGCACGGAAGCGUAGGCUCAAGGUAUGUCCUGAGCAGCAGAGCCAGCGAUGACGCUUCGGAAGGUAGCCGCAAGAUUGGGGAAAUAUAAGAGGGAGGCAAUAGAAGAGAAUGCAUCGUCCCAACGUUCGACAGCAUCGAUACUACCACGUCCUCAAUUCUCACAAUGUCAGCACCGUCUGCGAAGUACGUGCAGCUCGGGAAGAGCGGCCUGCGCAUCUCGGUCCCCAUUCUCGGUGCCAUGAGUUACGGGAACCCGAAGUGGGCGGCUCCUGAAGAGUCAAUGCAGUGGGUGCUAGACGAAGAGCAUGCUCUCCCCAUCAUGAAGGCAGCCUGGGACCGCGGAAUCAACACAAUCGAUACCGCCAACGUCUAUUCAAACGGUGACUCCGAGCGCAUUGUCGCCAAGUUCAUCGAGAAGUACCAAAUCCCGCGCGACGAGAUCGUCAUCCUCACCAAAUGCUUCAACCUCACCGCGAAGGAGCACGACCAUGACGUCUUCACGCCCGCGCAGUUGCAGGUCCUGCGCCAGCGCAAGGAAUACGUGAACUGGAUGGGCCUCUCCCGCGCAGCUAUCUUCAACGCCGUCGAAGAAUCGCUCAAGCGCCUUAACACCUCGUGCAUCGACCUCUACCAGAUUCACCGCUUUGACCCGGACACGCCGCCCGAGGAGACUAUGAAGGCCCUCCACGACCUCGUCGAGUCCGGGAAGGUGCGCUAUAUCGGAGCGAGCUCGAUGCGCACUUGGCAGUUCGCGCUCCUGAACGAGGUCGCGGAGAAGCACGGCUGGACGAAGUUUGUGAGCAUGCAGGAUGAGUACUCGUUGACAUAUCGCGAGGAGGAGCGUGAGAUGAUCCCGUACUGCAAGUACCACGGUAUUGGCUUGAUCCCCUACUCGCCUCUGGCCGGGGGCGCACUUGCCCGUUCGCUCGGCUCUCAGGCGACUCCUCGCUCGAAAGCGCUUCCCUCCUACGGCAUCGUCAAAGCGAAAGAAAUAGACAACGAAACUAUCAGGCGCGUCGAGGAGAUUGCAGAGAAACGCGGUUGGGCGAUGUCCCAGGUCGCGCUCGCAUGGGUUCUGCGCAAUGUCUCCAGUCCGAUCGUCGGCUUCAAUUCUAUCAAGCGUGUCGACCAGGGUAUUGUGGCCGGCGAGCUUACUGACGAGGAGGCAAAGUAUCUGGAGGAGCCAUAUCAGCCAAGGCCCAUUCGCGGUCAUGCUUAAAGGCAGGCCAACG